UGUCAUCAUGUGGACGACUCUCAUGAAGUUAGACCUGGCCUCUGUAGGUCUGGCUCUGUUUCUUGGCUUGAUCUUUCUGGUUUUGUUCGAGAUCUUCAGGAUUAAUUCCUACAGAAGUCAAACUCCUCCUGGUCCCAAACCUCUGCCUUUUGUGGGUACCAUACCACAAUUUUUGAAGAACCCAAUGGAGUUCCUGAGAUCAAUGCCUCAGUAUGGAGAGAUGACCACUUUGUAUCUCGGGAGGAAGCCAGCGAUACUCCUCAACACAAUCCAGGUCACGAAGGAAGCCCUGGUCCAAAAUGGUUCAUCUUUUUCAGGAAGGCCGCCUGUACCACUUCUAAACUGGGUUACUAAUGGAUAUGGUAUAAUAAUGGUCACGUUUGGUCACGCCUGGAGGCAGCAGAGACGGUUUGCUCUGCACACGCUCAGGAACUUUGGCCUUGGAAAGAAGUCUGUGGAGGAACGCGUGACAGAGGAAAGCAGUUACCUGCUUUCUGAAAUGCUCAAAUCAGAAGGCAAGCCUUUUGACCCCCAACAUGCAAUAUACAAUGCUGUUUCCAACAUUAUCUGUUCCAUCGUGUUUGGGGAUCGGUUCGACUAUGAUAACAAGCGCUUUGCAUACCUUUUGGAAAUCCUGAAGGAGAACGUCAAUCGUACAGGGUCACUUGUUGGGCAGGUGUUUAACUUGCUUCCCAUCAUCAAAUAUUUCCCAGGGCCACACCAAAAAAUCUAUCAGAAUGGCGAAGAGUUGAAGGCUUUCUUCAGGGAAGCAGUCAAAGCACACCGAGAAACUCUGGAUCCAGACAGUCCUCAAGACUACAUUGAUGCCUACCUGCUGGAGAUUGAGAAACAAAAGUCCAAUGGGGACUCCACGUUUCAUGAAGAGAACAUGGUUAUGUCAGUAGCUGAUUUGUUCCUGGCUGGAACCGACACCACAUCGACCACCAUCAGAUGGGGGCUCAUCUACUUGACACAAAACCCAGAUGUACAAGAGCGAUGUCAUGAGGAGAUUGUUCGGGUACUGGGUUACGAUCGCAUGCCCAGCAUGGAUGACCGUGACAAACUACCGUACACCAACGCCACUGUUCAUGAGUUUCAGCGCUUUGGCAACAUUGUACCCACUAACCUGAUGCAUGAAACAACUCAGCCCACAAAACUACGAGGAUACGACAUUCCCAAGGGCACCGAGAUACUGACCAACUUAACAGCAAUUUUAACUGAUAAGGAGCACUGGAAGUUUCCAGACACUUUUAACCCAGAGAAUUUCUUAGACGAUAACGGACAUUUCUUCAAACCAGAGUCUUUCCUCCCUUUCUCCUUGGGUCCGAGGGUGUGUCUCGGUGAGACCCUGGCGAAGAUGGAGCUCUUCCUCUUCAUCACUUCUCUCUUGCAGCGGAUUCGUUUCUCCUGGCCUCCUGGUGUGCAGAAGCCAGACAUGAAUGGGAUUGUCAGUUUGGUCCGCUCUCCUGAACCAUACGACAUCAUCUGCCACAGCAGAGGCUAAUAAAAUUGAUUGUCAGUAACCUUUCUGACAUUAAAGGAAUAGUUCACCCAAAAAUGAAAAUUAUCCCAUGAUUUACUCACCCUCAAGCC